ACAUCCAUGAUGACUCCUUUAGGCUCUACAAAUGUUGAUUUGAAGUCCAGAGGGGUGCAAGAUGAUUUCGGGUUUGAUAACUCGAGACCAAUGGCAGGCUGAGAGAGCAUUAUGGGCGACAUUUCUUCUCCCACCAGCUAUUUACGUGUUUUCAACAUUCGAUACCCAUGUUUCGCCCUGUUUUUCUGAAAAGAAAUGCUUACGUGAUGUUAAGUUUCUUCAGAAAGAAGCUAUGCGAUCUGGGAAGGUGCCUGAUAUCAAGUACAAUUUCUUGAUAACGGCCCAUGGUAAGAUAAUCGAAGGAAGAGGAUGGAUAUAUUGUCCUGGGGUUCCUACUAAAUACAGAAAUUUUCUACAGAGAAGCAUCUACAUUGGCUUCAUGGGUAAUUUUACUAGAGACGAUCCACCUCGAACGAUGUACUAUGCAAGAGACAGGAUAAUUGAAUUUGGAUUGAAAAAUGACUACAUAUCUCAAAAAGUAUUGGAAUUUGUGUUAAAGAAGAACUGAGAUACUCACAAUCGUAUACUUUUGCAUACUAAAUAGAAAUUGAAAACGGGUAUAAAUGCUACGACAUGUAAUUGUGUGUAGGCCUGUAGCUGUGAACUGCUACUAAUUUUAAUAUCUUCAUUCGUUCUGUAAUCUUGUACGGAACCAACUUUAAAGAAUUGUCAUUGAAUUAAUGCAUUAGCUAAAUUUAGCUGUUUUGUUAAUCU